AUGGAUGGCAACACGCAAAUCCAGCUGGACGCCCCCAAGAAGACUUCAAGGAUGCUAGGGACUCUCCGGAAUAGUGGCCGAUUGAAAAGUCCGCUCUCCCCUCAAGCUGGGAGUUUCAAGAACCAGUCGCCAUCUACGCCAGACAAAAUGUCACACUCUCCUGGCGUUACUUCGCCGCUGAGUAGCGUGGCAGCGCUUUUCCGCACUAAAGACCUCGAUGACCAGUCGCAGGAAGAUAAACCCGUGGUGCGUUCAAGGACAGAACCCAACAUGCCCCGCCUGGACUCGAUCCUGAAGAAGGGCGCGGCCAUUCGUCGCAGCCUGAGAUUCAGCUCCAAGAAGGACAAACGACAGGAUGCUGUCCAGGAGGCCGAGGAAGAAGGCCAGGCAGAGGAGGAGAAAGAAGAGGAGGCGGAAGAAUCGUGGGCAAAGAUUGAGGAGACAUAUACGCUGGCGGAAUUGCCGCACAUUCCUCUGUCGGUCAUGCAGAUCAACAAGCUGAUUGAAAUGGAGGUCCUGGAGGAGGCGCACCUUCACCUGCUGGCCCUGCGGGGUGAGUUUGAAAGAGAGCGUCUGCGCCUGACCCAGGAGGACUCCCCUGUGGAGCUGGCAAAAAAGGAGAAGGACCUCAGCCUCCUCUACAGCAACCUACGCCUCAAGAUGGCCUCUAUCGUGCGCACCUCCGUCUCAUUACCCGCCAGGAACGCGGGGCUGCUGGUUCACGUGGCCCGCAUCAUCCAGGAAGAGGACAAGAGAGCCCGGGAACCCGGCGGCCUCCAGGGGAGCUGGAUGGACGCUUGGAGGGAGGCGGUGGACCAGGGUGCUCAGGACAAGGUGGAGGGCGUACACCUGGAGUCCACGAACCACAGUAACGCCUCAUGGCUGGCAGUCCACCUGGGCCUUCUGGGCACUGCGGUGGUGAACGAUCUGGAGAAGGUGAAGAAGGAGCUUUGCCGCUGCUACCCGCCCAGCUUCCAAGUCUUUGCCACCUACGUACGCAGCUACCACGCUGCCGUUUGCCGCCACCUGUGCACGCUGGAGACCCGCGCAACACUCCUCCGUGACCUCUACGCCCUUCUGGAUUGGAUCUUGCACCGCUACCGCAGUGAGAGGAUCUUGGGAAGUCUCACCCUCCAACCCGAAAUGAGCGACAUUGACGCCAACAUGGACUUGGACGACAACUUCCUGCUAAGGCUGAGGCAGAAGUUCUGCGACACUGUUAAGGUGGACAUGAGAGCGUUUUUGGAUCGUCUGGUGGAGCUGGAGAACGAAGAAUUGUGGAGCGUGAGGAAACGCCCCGACAUGGAUGACGACCACAUGUUUACCUCCGACUUUAGCAUGGACAUCUGCACGAAAGUGAGAGGAAAUGUGGUGAACGCCAGCCGUUUGAACGCCGAGCUGGAAGGAGAAGUGACAGCUUCCUGCCUUGGCCAGCUGAAGGAUUUCCCCAUGAGAUUCGACAACGAGUUCCGACGCUGUUGCUCGUCCAUGCGCGCUGAUGAGCCACUCUGGAGCGAAUAUUGCAUCUCUUACGUAAACUCCUUCAGUGCCUUACAGCGCCAUUUGGAGGAUGAGUACGCUGAGUGCAGCCCGCUAGCGGUGGAAGAGGUGGACAAGGAGGUGCAGCGUGUCAUCCUUGGGCUCCUGGAAAGCGUCCAAGAGCAGUUCAAGGAUGACGUCAAGCCGUUCUUGCGGAGAAUGAUGACGAGAAAAUGGCUGACCAAUGACGAUGACUUUAAAGGCCUUGCCGCUCGAACCGAGAUUCUGGCGCAGCACUGCCAAGCCAUGAGGCAGCCACACCGUCAGGAGAUGGCGAGCCGGGCGCACUACCACGUGGUGAAGGAGUACGUGGGCCAGCUGAUGAAGAACAACUUCUCGUGCAAAAAUCGGCAACAUGACAAGGCGGCAUCAAAGAUUCGAACGCAGAGCUCCCGGCUGGCCGACGUCUUCCGGCAAAUGGGAUCGCGCGAGGAGUGGCUGGACCCGGUCGGCGAGUGCCUGAGUGACAUCGUGGGCCAGAAGAACAAAGGCGACAUCAAAGACCAACUUCAGCCGCUACUUCAACAAUACUCCGAUUUCAGCUCAAAGCACCUAGCGGCUGUGCUGGCCUUCCGCGGCGUGAUGCGCGGUCGCGAACAUCAGCGCAUCCUGCUGAGGCUCAACCAGCUGAAGAAGACCACGCCCUCUGGCGAACCUGACGACCGAGACCGCGCUCUCUUCCGUGACAUGGAGGCCACGGUCCGCACAGACUUCCUGUCUGACCUCUCCUUCUUCUGCUUCACUUUCAUCUUACCGGCUGACUAA